AUGGGCGGUUGGCACGAUGCCCCCAGGGCUCCCCCGUCGCGGGCGCGCCGCGAGGAGCGUCGCUCGUUCGCGGCCCGCGCGGGUGGUGCCCCGUGGCGCGUUGCCAUCGCCCCCGUCAAGGACGCGGCGAGGUCCUCGUCCUCCGGCGACGCGCUCCGAACGGCCGUCAGAUCCUUCCUGGACGACAGCUCCGGUUUGGGUCCCCCGCCCGACGGGGACGCCACCCCGGCCGAGAUAUCCGCCGACGUCCUCCUCCUCGCGCGCGCGGUGAACCGCCCUGACGUGGGCGGCGCGGGAGAGGCGUCCACCAGCGGCCGCGGCGCCCUGGACGCGCUCGUCGGGGACCUACUCGCCGCGCAGAGGCUCCAUCUGGACCGGGAGUUUGUCGCGACUCUCGCAGAGUACUACCUCGGCGCGCUGACCACCGACGACGCCGACGAGGAGGACCCUCGCGCCACGCAGAACUCGCUGAAAACACUCGCGCAGCUGCUGCAGGAGGGCGGCGCCCACCUCGCGGCGCGGGAGGUGGACGCGCUCAUCUCCGCGCUCCUCGCGAAGGUUUCCUACAAAAAGACCGGCGGCGGCGGGGGCGGCGGCGGCGAGGCCGAGUCGAGGAGCGCGCGAAACGGCGCGAGGGACACCGCGAGGCACGCGUUCAACGCCCUCGGCGCCUUGGUCAGCCGCGCGUCCCCGGGCUCGGUCUCGCCCCGGGCCCACGCGGCGGUGGGCGAGGCGAUCGUGGCUUCGCUCGACGCCGAGACGAGGGGCGUUUUAUCGUCCCCAGCCGGCGCACCGUCGACGCUCGGGAGGGACCGACCACAGGAGGACGCGGGGUCCGCCAGGCUCUUCGCGGCGGCGACGAGGUGCGCGCACGUGUGCGCGGGGGCCCCGGGGGGCGGCGGCGAAGCGCGUCUGACGUGGCCGGACGAGGUUGUCGGCGCGCUGGUGACGCAUCUUCGAAGAUUCUUCGCGUACGGAUUGAGUUCGGGAUCGGCUCCGGGGGGCGGCGGCGGCGACGAGGUCCCGACGAGCCCGGGCCGGGGCGGGUACGUACCCCCGCACCUGAGGUCGGGCGGCGGCGGCGGCGUCGCGGCGGAUCGCGGGUACGGGUCCUCGGACUCGGACGCCAGCGACGCCGAGGGCGCGAGGGGAUCGAACGGAGGUUUCGGCGAUCGAUUCGGCGCUUCGAAGGUUCGAACAAACGCCGCGCUCUGCGUCUCCGCGUUGGCCCGCGCCGAUUCGCGCUCGAUGCACGCGCACUGGCCCAAGCUCUUACCCACGAGCGUGACGCAGUUGCUGGCGCGGUCGCCCACCGCCACGAUCGUGCGCUGCGCGCUGAACGAUCCGUCGCCGAGGGUGAGAGCCGCGGCUAUGGCGGCGACGGCGAAUUUGCUCGAGGGACCCGCGACGAAACGAUACCUCGCCGCCGCGGAGGUGAGAACAAACCCAAAGACCGGCGCGGUGGUCAGGGCCAACUUCGCGUCGCUGUCGUCGACGCUCGGGGAUAUCGCGUGCGCCACGCACGAGGCGUUGACGCGCGCGGUACGAGCCGAGCCGGCGUUGUCUUGCGUGCCGGCGGCGUGCAAGGCGCUCGGCGCUUUCCACGACGCCGCACCCUUCGCGCGUCUGCCUCGCGACAUGAUACCCAAGUCGAUGGAAGCGGUCAUGAGGAGGCUUAACGAGCUCCCCCCGGGACCCGAGGGUUCCGCCCAAGAUCCAGAGGUUGGCGCCGCGAGGGUGUCGCUGCUCGCGGCGCUCACCGCGGUGCUCGCGGCGAAGGGCGCGCCGGCGGAGGUCACCGGCUCGCUCUCGCCCGCCCGCUCUUCCGGUACUACCGGCGCUUCGCCGUCGCUGGCGUCCUCCGUGCUCCCGGCUCUGGUGCGCUACGCCGCGGGCGGGGAAGGACACGGUGCGGCGACGCGUUGCGAGGCGUUCGGUGCGCUGAGGGCCGCGGCGGCGGCGCACCCGGCGGCGGUGGCGGCGAUGCUAGACGACGACGACUCGUUUGGGUUUCGAUCGAUUUUACCGGCGAUGACGUUUGCGGCGUCGGGAACCGACGACGGCGCGGAUGGGGCUGCUCGCGUCGCGCAGGCGUCCGCGAAGCUCCUCGCGGACUUUCUCGCGGCCGUCGGCGGCGGCGUCGGCGGCGGCGGCGCGGGAGCCGACGAUGACCCGUCUCAUCAACAGCACCGAGAGAAGGCGCGCGAGGAUGGCUUUUUUUCGCUCCCGCCCGACGAGCUCGCGUCGCUCUGGGACGAUGUCGCGUCCUCGCAGUUCCCGGCGAUGACGCUUCACCCCUCGCCGCUCGUCCGCGCCGCGGGUUUGAGCGCGUACGCCGGUUUGACAUCGGACGCGCUCGCCGGGACGUCGCGGGUGAACAGACAAACGCUGGUCGACGCCCCUCGGGCGACGCUGGCGAACGAGAGGGCGCCCGCGGUGAGAGCCGCGGCGUGCCGGGCGAUUGGCGCGCUCGCCGCGCUGACGACGAACGAAUCCUCCGGUGCGGCUCUCCGCGACGCUCUCGAGCCGUCGGUGGACUUGCUGCUGAGGGCCAUGCGAGAUUCGGCGAAGAGCGUGAGGCUGCCCGCGUCGUGGGCCGUCGCCAACGUGUGCAACACGGCGGCGAGGCGUUCCUCAAUCGUGAGCGCGGGGGCGCUGGCGAAAAUCGCCGAGUCGUGCGUCGCGGCGGCUACGCAGGAGGGGGAUAAAGUUCGAGCCAACGCGGCUCGCGCGCUGGGAUACCUGGUAUCCGCGGCGGAUUUCUCGUCGGAGCCCUCGAGCGCGUGGCUCCCCGGAGUGAUCCAGGCGUUGAUGUCGUGUCUCACGACGGGCAACGCCAAGGUUCAGUGGAACGCGUGUCACGCGAUGGCGGCGCUGUUUCGCAACCCCAGCACCGCCGCGGGCGACAGCGCGUGGUCGCCGCUGGUGGUUCGCAUGCUGCUGAUGCUGAUGCGCGACACGAGGAACUUUAAGAUUCGCAUGCACGCGGCGGCGACGCUCGCGACGCUCGGCGAACGCUCCGAGUUUGGCAACGCGUAUCCAGACGUCGUGUCCAUCGUGACGGCGGCGCUGGAAUCGCUCGAGACGAUGGAAACGGAGACGGGGCACUCGGGACACUCGCAGGGGCCCGGCGACGGCGAAUCCGCCCUGGCGGACCUGAGGUAUAAGCCGCAGCUCGGCGCGCAGCUCGCGGCGACGCUGCUCCGCGUGCUCGCCAUGGGCACCGCGGAGGAUGCCGGUUCCGUGAGGGACACGCUGCUGAAAAAGAGGGACGUCAUUCGCGGCGCCGUCGACGCGGCGACGGCGGCGUUGGAAUCGUUCCCGCGCGUGGGGCUCGAUGGGGCUUUUCCGGAGGAUCCGUUCGGGACCUCGAGGGGGGACGCUACAGGGACGCGGGGGGAAGGACACGACGACGUCGCGGUUCGCGGCGCGGGUUCCUCCGGACCGGAGCGGACGUCGAGCCUGGACAUGUCGACGCUGGCGAGGGCGCUGUCGCCGGGGAAGGGCGGCGGCGAGGACGACGAGGACGGCGAGGACGACGAGGACCGGGAGGCGGGUGAGCGACGCGCGGAUCUGAUGGCGGCGGCGGCGGGUCUGGCGAGGAUGUACGGAGCCCUCGGGGAGGACGGGGAGGCUCUCGCGUCGCACUACCGCGGUCUGUGA